UUUGGACUCCCUCCAGUCAGACGCGCCCGCUAAAGGAGAACCAGAGGCGACGUCUCGGCGUCGACGGUGGAUGAACCUGACGAACAUGCACUCGAUGGCAUGCUUUCAAUGUUAGUUUUUGCUGCGAAUUAUUUGUUUUAGAUGUAUUGGAGUAUGAGAUACACCGAGCAAGUGGUUGAAAGAACAUGCACUAUGGCUACGGAAUCCACGGAUGAAAAAAAGAACAGACAGCUCCUCGAACAACUUUUGGACAAACCUGGGAAUGGAACCUGUGCGGAUUGUGGAGCUCCAGACCCCACCUGGGCCUCCUACACGCUGGGUGUCUUCAUCUGUCAAAGCUGUUCAGGCCUCCACCGAAACAUCACGUACAUUAGCAAACUCAAGUCAGUCCUACUUGACCCCUGGAGCGACUCUGAGGCCGAGUUCCUGGCCUCCACAGGCAACAACAAGGCGAAGGCCCGGUACGAACAGAACGUGCCCCCGUUUUACUACCGACCCACGCACACAGACUGCACGCUCUUGCGGGAACAGUGGAUCAGAGCCAGGUAUGAGAGGAACGAGUUUGCCUGCCUCGAGAGGCAGGAGCCAUACUCUUCAGGCUAUAGAGAGGGGUUACUAUGGAAACGAGGCAAAGACAACGGACAGUACCUCAGCCGAAAGUUCAUUCUGUCCGAGCGGGAAGGUGUUCUGAAGUACUACAACAAGCACGAUGCUAAGGAACCUAAGGCAGUGAUGAAAAUCAAUACCCUCAAUGCAACCUUUCAGCCAACUAAAAUCGGCAACGCCCAUGGGCUGCAGUUAACCUAUCUGAACGACAACAGCACAAGGAACAUCUUUGUUUACCAUAUGGACGGCAAGGAAAUGGUCGACUGGUUUAAUGCCAUUCGAGCAGCUCGGUUUCACUAUCUCCAAGUGGCCUAUCCUGGAGCCUCCAUCAGUGACUUGGUACCACAGCUAACACGUAACUACAUUAAGGAAGGCCACAUGGAGAAGACGGGCCCAAAGCACAAAGAGGGCUUCAAGAAGAGAUGGUUCACCUUGGAUGACAGGAGGCUAAUGUACUUCAAAGAUCCCCUGGACGCCAACGCACGGGGAGAAGUGUUCAUCGGCAGCAAGGAGAACAAUUACUUCGUUCUUCCCGGUCUCUCCUCGCCCUGCCAGGGUCUUAACUGGCGGUUUGGAGUCACCAUAGUAACCCCCGACAGGAAGUUCCUCUUUGCCUGCGAGACCGAAGCGGAGCAGAAAGACUGGCUCACCGUCUUUCACCGGGUGGUGAGCAGGCCGAUGCUUCCCCAGGAGUACGCAGUCGAGGCUCGCUUUAAGCACAAAUCCUAGACGUGCCAAAGAGGUUUGCGUCGGCUGAGAAGGACAGGAGAAGACCUGACGGAUGAGAAGAGGUAACAGAUUAGGAUCACAUGAGAAGAUGAGGAGGACAUUGAAGAUGAGAACCAGAGUUGAGAAGAGAUUCGAGUGAAUCUUUAUUACUUAACAAUAGACAAACACACAAAUAUCAAUAACGUUUUAACAAUGUUCAUUUUACAUGUAGUUACAUAUGAAUUGCAUAUGCACAUAUGUAAUUAAAUCGACCCAAGAAGCACUGACCAAACAUUGUGUAUGCCUUUGCUAUUAUUUUAUUUAUAUUACAUUAUUGUGACGUGACCUUUACUCUUUUCACGUCAGUCAAAUAAGGCUUGUUGUAAAUGUGUAACAAGCUAUAAAACUAUUUAUCCAGCAGAGGGAGACAUUGCCUUGAGCCUCAUUUCCUUGCAUUGUUUGUGCCAAGUAAGGCUUGUCAUUAAUGUAAAUCUACGGAAAUGUAGAUGCAGAUGUUUUUUAAGUAAACUGUUUAAAGUACAGUGUUUCACUUUGUUGUGACAAAUACAAUUCAAAGAGAACCACAGAGAGACAACAAGUCGAGACCAUGUAACUGCACACUCUUUAUUGUAGUGUCGUCUGAAAUGAAUACGAUCAGAGAAUGAGACAAUAUUCUGAUGGAUAUCGGCUCAUUUACAAACACGUACUGUUGGUAUUAGUUAGUGGGGAAAUAUUUAGCAUUAAGUGAUUAUAGAGAAGCACAUUGCACCUUACAAUGAAAAAAUCGUAAAAAAAUGAGAUGCAUGUUUAUUGGGUAGGGUCAUAACAGACAAUUAAUACAAUAAGCAAAUAAUGGCAUGAAGCAAUCUUGAGGUUUACUCAUUAUACCAUGCAUAUAUAUUUAUGUAUAUGUACAUAUCUAUACAUACAUAUAUAGGCCUAUAUAUAAUACAGGGCAAAGUAAAACUAGCCAAAUUUCACUACAUUUAAUAUAAAACAUCUCAAAACCAAUAAUGACUUUUUCUUCAAUAUUUAAUGCUUUAAUAUGCAGUUAUAUGAAAUGCCUUAAGGUCACAAGCUCCAUUUAAACAUUAAAAUGGAUAAAAAGCCAAAGCUCUGUGUUUUCCUUCAGACAUGAAUAAUGCCAGGCUUUAAAGGUCACUUAGACCUGUUCCAAAUAUUACCCAGAAAUAACAAUAUACUAAAUCAAAUAUAUAAGUCUGUACACUUGCCCAACCUAACCCUACACUUACUAUUUCGUUGAUAAGUUAGUUAGUGGCCAAAAAAUGAUUAAGCAAAGAAUAAGUUAAGGACACAUAAUAUGAAAACCGGUUUGCUUUGCCAAAAUAUUAAGUUGCAAAAUCAAGUUUAUUUUACAGUUGCCAUGUACCAAAUACUAUUCUCGCUACUUUACUCUCUAAAAACUACUACAGUCCAACAGAUAUUUCCCGAAAUGUAUUUGAUAUGCAAAUAGACUAAUCAAAUAAAUGUCAUAUUUUACUAUACAAACAUUGUCAUGGAAAUGUUUGUUAAAAUAAGACAAAUGCUGGUCAAGAAGUCUAUGAAAUGAUUUAAGUACAGAAUGGUAAAAUACACAAUGGCAUUUAUGUUCAGGGAGAUUCAUUCACCUUCCAUCCAUGGAAAAUGACCAUGAGCACUGUGUAGACAUCAUUGAUUAGACUGGCAAC